AAUGUUCAGGUAUGGUUUAGUUGGAAAUAUUGCCACUUAUGGUGGUAUAGCUGCAAUAUUUGGAUAUCUAGGUAUGAAUAUUUUGAUAAAUUCAGGUUAUGAAUUAAAUAAUAUUGUUGAAAUCUCUCCUAAAAUAGACGAUGAAGUAUUCUAAUGGUUUAUUUUAGUUAGCUUCUUAAGUUCUUAAUUCAAGCAAAUCACCAAAUAUUUCGAUUGAUGCUAAGACAGACAUGAGAAGAGCUGCAGCCAAAUAAAUUUUACAAGACUACCAACGUAAAAAGAAGAAUCCUGUUGAAGUAUUUGAAUAAAUCGAACAAAAAUAAUCCAGAAAUCCUCAAUCUAAAGAACCAGAUAUUUGAUU